CGUGGUGCAGAGCGCCACUGACGCGCUUGUUGGAAGUGGGUCGGCUCAGCAUUAAGGGGUGUGAAGGUUGCAGCCUGGAUGCUGGUCAUCAAUAAUCAGCCUGUCUGCAGUGCCUGGGUAGAGUUUGUCUCAUUCAAGCUACAGAGGACAAGCUUACCAGACCUUCCAUUUGCUCCGCCUACCUUCCCUUCACAUUGUUCUCCUGUCCUUACAUAAGAACCUUGAGGCUCUCCACUUAGACACCAUGGCAGAGGCAGAGGCAGCCAGCUCUGCUGAGGAUGGUCUUCCCACACACACACAGUGGAAACUCUCCGGUCGACGUAGCAGGAAGCCUGGGUGCUCCAACAUCUUCACGGGUGUGAACAUGCAUCAGCUGCACCGGCUGUUUAGAACAGCGGGAGACAGAAAUGCAGAACACCGGGCGAAGCUGGUGUGGCGUGGGAUGGAUGCAGAUAAGGAAGGAGCAGAAAACGAAGGGGAGGAGGAAGAGGAGGAGAGAGAGGAUGAGGCAGGUCUAGCCCAGGCCUUGGUGGGGCUGAGAGUCAGAGCAAGGAAUAAAGCAGGGAUCAGACUGGAAGGACACCGAGAACACAAGUGGCUCAGAGCGUCAGGGUAUCUCAGGGUUGAGGAGCCAUUACCUGGCUACACUGUAGAGGAUGCGGAGGCUGUUUUAGAACCAAAUCCAGACACAUUUGUGAUGCCGACUGAGGAAGACUUCCCAGAGAGCCAAAAUCCUUUCAAACCAUCUUCAUGGAGGUUUGGCGUGACCAGACUGGAGGGCGCCAGAGACCCUGAACGCUACCUUCACGGGGUUGUCCAUUAAAAACAAAUUGAAGUUUGGAACAACACAGAGGUGGAAGUUGCAAGGAGACUGACAACAUUAACUACACAACUGAUACUGCAUGAAAGGACAUGCUGUACCUCUACUGUUUGCAGCUUCUACUCAUACCCACUGCACGUGUUACACAUCAAGACAGCAACACUCCUGUGUACUUUUUUUGUGUGCUUGGAGAUUCACCAACUAUUAUAGGAAAUUCAAAUGUACAUCUUCUAAAAUCUGUUGCCUCUGUUUCAGAGGUGAACUACAUCAACACAAUCAAAUCAAACAAGGUGUGUUUGAGGUUUUACCCUGAAAACAAGUUUCUGAUGCAUAAAGUCAGUAGUUACACAGUAUUUGUGGUAUAUUAUUAUGUUAAGCAUGACAAUUAAACUUUGAAGAACACUGUUUUUACUUAGUGAUGUAUAGUUUUGUAAAUUCUUCAUUUGCUGUUUUUUUUUUGUUUUUUUUUAUUCUUUGCAACCUACAAAAGACACAACAAAAAAAAAAGUUAAAAAAAGUUUAACGCAAAACUGUCAUACUGUAAUGGAACUAAAAACUCUUGUACUUUUAGCUCCAUGUUGGGUCUCCACCAGCUCUCAGGGGAAAUAUCUUGUACUCCGGCUAUUAAAUUCUAUGUUCAUGA